AUGGAGUCAGAAUUUCAGCAACAUCACUUCCAUCUCCACGAUCAUCAACACCAGAGACCGAGAAACUCGGGACUGAUUCGGUACCAGUCCGCGCCGAGUUCUUAUUUCUCGAGCUUCGGAGACAGAGAAUCGAUCGAGGACUUCUUAGAUCGACCGACUAGUCCCGAGACGGAGCGAAUCUUAUCCGGCUUCUUACAAACCACCGACACAAGCAACAACGUCGAUAGCUUCCUCCACCAUCCUUUCUCUAGGCAGAACAGUGGUGGGACGACGGAGAAGAAGCCUCUGGAGGUGAAAACAGAGGAGGUGAUUGAUAUUCCGAUGGAGGUCGUCGUCGGUGAUGAUGUUGUUGGUGGCGUUGUGGCUCCAGAAUCAACCGGAUAUGCUUCGGUUGUGCGGAGUUUAGGUCAGAGUAAAAGACCGAGAGAGAAAGAUGAUCGGACUCCGGCGAAUAAUCUCGCUCGACAUAAUAGCUCCCCCGCCGGAUUGUUUUCCUCCAUUGAUGUCGAAACAGCUUAUGCAGCUGUAAUGAAGAGUAUGGGAGGGUUUGGAGGAAGUAAUGUGAUGAACACAACCAAUAUUGAAGCUUCGUCACUUACUCCUAGAAGCAAGCUCUCUCGUACAGCUUCAAGACCGAUGAGUCCGAUCUCUGAGGUCGAUGUCAAACCGGGUUUCUCGUCAAGAUUGCCUCCUCGAACACUCUCUGGUGGGUUUAACCGUUCGUUUGGGAAUGAAGGCUCUGCUUCCUCCAAGCUUACAUCACUUGCAAGGACUCAAUCUGGAGGUCUAGAUCAGUACAAAACCAAGGAUGAAGAUUCAGGAAGUAGACGUCCUCCUUUGGCGCAUCACAUGAGUUUGCCCAAGUCUUUAUCAGAUAUUGAACAGUUACUCUCAGAUUCUAUUCCUUGUAAGAUCAGAGCCAAGCGUGGUUGUGCUACUCAUCCUCGAAGCAUCGCUGAGAGAGUGAGGAGAACCAAGAUCAGUGAAAGAAUGAGGAAGCUGCAAGAUCUUGUUCCGAACAUGGACACGCAAACAAACACAGCAGAUAUGUUGGAUCUUGCGGUUCAGUACAUUAAGGACCUGCAAGACCAAGUUAAGGCGCUCGAAGAGACUCGGGCAAGAUGUAGAUGCUCCAAUGCGUAA